AUGGAGUUUACUGGCUUGUAUUCAACUUCCCCACAAAGUAACCAGCCCAGCCUGUUUGAUUCCCCUGUGGAGCGGUACCUGAAGGCCAGGCAGAGCAUUCAGCGCUUCACUGUUACUCAGCUUGGGCUGGCAAUAUUCUCAAAUGAGGGUUCAAACAAGUAUGUGGUGCAUUCAUACAACUUCUUUCUGUUUCCCUCAACGUUGGGAGUUACGGAUAUCGAAUUCACCCUCUCUGCAUCUAGCAUUCAGUUCCUGUCUCAUUAUGGCUUUGACUAUAAUAAGUUCCUCAAAGAUGGAAUCCCAUACAUGAAUGAGGCACAGGAGAAGAUCCUUAGCAAGCAUCUCUUAGCGGAUAGCUGGAAAGUCAGCAGUGCUCUGGACAGGGAUGUGCUGAAGAAAGCUAUUGAUGAAGUGACCUGUUGGAUAGCUGCGGCAGAGGAAGAGGAGACUAUGAUUCUGCAGGAUCUGAGCGGCUAUCAGAUGUUUGAAGUUCAGCUGGUUCUGAGACAGGCUCUCCAAAAUGUUUGGACACAGCCUCUUGGAGACAAGAAGGUAAUGGUGAAAAAAGUGAGUCCACAGCAUCGCCAGCUUCUGGAGAACUCUCCUUAUGACUACUGCCGGAAGGAGCUCAUUCUCCUGUCUGCGCGGGGCUUCACCAACCUCUUCCAGGUGCUUGUUAAAGCCAAGAAGCCCCUGGUGGGACACAACAUGCUUAUGGACCUUAUGCAUCUUCACGACAAGUUCUACAAGCCCCUUCCAGAAAGCUACGAGGAGUUUAAAAGGAACAUUCACAACCUGUUUCCUGUCCUCAUAGACACCAAGACUGUUACGAAAUCUAUCUGGAAGAAAUGUCCAUUUCCGCGAGUAUCUCAACUUUUGGAGGUGUAUGCAGCUUUGUGCAGCAGCAGCCUAAAUCCCAAAGACCCAACGUGCCCAGUGAUAGCUCUUGCAAAUGGCUGCUCAAGAUACGCUGAGAAGAAAUCUCCUCACGAGGCAGGCUAUGAUGCAUUUCUCUGUGGUUCAGUUCUUCUGAAGUCAGCUCAUUUGCUACUGUGCAGAUCCACAGAUGGUGCAGUGGAGGCUGAUCCUUCUUUCUCUCAGUAUCUCGCCGUGUUAGCCGAGUAUCUGAACAAAGUGAAUUUCAUCCGAGGUGGUGUUUCAAGCAUUAAUUUUUCUGGGGAAGAUGUUCCCUGCCAACAUCCCCCUGUCUUGGUUGUCCAUGUCCGAGGCUGGCCAGGGCUGAAUGAAAAGCAGAUUUACCAAGAGUUUAAAACUCUUUGUCGCUUUGAUGUCAGACGGCUUUCAAAGAACCAGUUUAUUCUGCUCUCCAAUAAAUUUAAGCACGUCAGGCUUGUUCUGCGAGACUAUAAGCAUCACCCUCAUCUGCAGGUUUCCGUCUAUCGCAGGUGGAGGCACUCCCCACACGUGAACUGCCUGCUGCAGGUCUCUGGUGUUGUGGCACUGUGGUCUCUCUUGGCCUUUGUACUCGGAGGAGCUCCUUGCUGUUCAGUCUGA